AUGAAAAGUUUACAAGAGUUUAUUAAAAAUGAUUUGAAUAUUUAUCCAUCUGAUUCAGAAUAUGAGAGGUUGGUAUCAUUUAGCCAACUAAAUGGAUUGCAUGAACUCCUUAAUGCUUGUUUCGUGGUUGCGAAUUCACAUAACAUCGAUUUACCAGAGAUCGUUCCUGGUAGUGACCAUAAACGUGUAAUAGAUUACUGCAUUGUCCAUUUGCUCGAGAAGAAUCUUUUUGACAACAUUCUUACAUUUGGUUAUGCCGUGGGGAGAACAGAGCAUGUCAACAAUUCUCUACACUGUCUUUACACUAAUUCUAAUGUUUCUAGGAUAAAAAAUUCUCAAUGGCAUCAAUUGCACAAGCUUAUCGGUACUCAUAAUUUUGUGAAUUUGUUGAUUAACUACACUGUGCUUCAAUUUACAGGAGGAUUUUUCACACAGGUAAUUGGAAAUCGAGCCAAUCGACCUCAUACUUCACCACCAUGGUACUACCAACAAAACCAAAACCAAAAACAUUUACAUAACAGUACUCCUAUUACAUUGAGAACAUCUCUUCAAAGGAAGUCAUCAAUAUUUAAAGGACCCAACAUGAUUCCAACAAAAGAUGACAUUGACGAGCUUAUCGACAGUAUUUUUGAGCCGUUUGCAAAUGAGAUAAAAUGUAUCAGAAAAUCACAAAUAAAGCCGCUGAUCAAGAGAUUAUCCUUGAAUCACACCCGUGUCAAGUAUUUAGGCAUAUUGGACAAUAUAUGUCCCAUAUCUAAAGACGAUAAUAGUUACCAAUUAGAUACCAGGACUCCUGUGAAACAAGUAAAUCGAUUCAUCAUCGUAUUAGUAGAAAAAUUGGUUCCCAUACAGAUGUUUGGAUCUAAGAGGAACAAAUCUAAAGUUUUCCAUUUCAUAUCUAUACUUCUAAGGCUACCUUUAGGUGGAAACAUACCUUUAGCUGAGAUUAUGACCAGUUUAAGAAUUAACGAUUUCACUUGGUUACAAAUGAAUCGAUCGGACACCGUGAAGACAGAAGAUCUAGUGGCACAUUUCAUCUUUUGGUUUUUUCAACGGUUUGUUGUCAAGAUUAUUGCCACUUUUUUCUACACUACGGAAGUCUCCUCUAACGUAGAAAUAUUGUUCUUCAGACAUGAUGUAUGGGAAUCAAUAUCAACUCCGUUUCUAAAGGCAUAUUUCGAAAAAUAUUUGGUGGAAAACAAACCAUGCAGAAAUCAUAAGAGCUAUUUACUUUCUAGGUUUAAUCACAGCAAACUACGUUUAGUCCCAAAGAAGGCCAAAGGUGAGUUUCGAGUACUAGCGGCUCCUCAAAAAGGAUCAGACAAGGAAGAAUCGUCAGCAUACUUUUUACAUUUCAAAUACGUCACCUAUCCAGUUCAGUGCAUCUUAGACUUUGUUAGGAAAAAGAGAAGAACUCAUUUUGACAAAGUCUAUUCCCAAAACGAGAUAGUUGAGCGCAUCAAGACCUUCAAAAAAGCCUUAUUAAAAAAACAUGGGUUUAUUCCAGAGCUUUCUUUCAUGAAAUUUGACAUAGAAUCAUGUUAUGAUUCAAUUAGAAGAGAAAAAGUUAUGGAAGUGAUAAGCCGUCUUUUAGAACAUGAAACAGGAUUUUUCGUCAGAUCCCAAUCCAUUUUCAAUCCGUCCACAGGAUCAUUAAAGGUUCAGAAUGUUGUAAAUGGGAGUAGACGCCCAAGCGAUGAUGAGGUCUAUAUUGACAAUGUUCGAACAGUUUACCUCACUAAGCAAGAUGUACUUGAAGUAUUGGAAUUAGAAUUUUUCAGAACGGCUCUAUCCUUUAAUGGAAGAUGCUACUUGCGUAAAGAUGGGUUAUUCCAAGGAUCCAGGCUUUCUGCAUUGGUGGUAGAUUUGGCUUAUGAUGAUUUAGUGGAAUCAGAAAGUGUAUUUAAACCACACCCUAAUUACGAUGGUUUAGUUAUUAGAUUGGCAGAUGACUUUCUGAUAAUUUCAUCUGAUAAAAACCAGAUACUUUCACUAGAAAGAAUGUCACAGGUUGGAUUCCCAGCAUACGGCGCCAAGGUAAAGGCUGAUAAAAUUUGCAUUGCUCACAGUGGUUCUGCGUGUAAAACCCUUCAAUUUUGCGCGUUGGAAAUCUCAUUGAAGAAUCUGGAUACCUGGAAAACCUCUUGUUUAUUCAAUAUUCCUAAUUUUCGUUUUCAUUCAACUUUUAAAACAUAUCAAAAAUUGAGGCACCUUUACGAACUGAGGUUGUCUUACGGGACAGUCGAUGGAAAUGUCAAUGAGCCGCCCACAAUCUUGUACCAAAUUCAUCAGAUCGGAGAUAAUAUUGCCACAACUUUUGUCCACGCUUUCAAAGGAAAACCAAUAUGUUUAGAAGAAUUCGAAGAAUUUAUUCAUAAUAUUUUCGCUUCAAGUGAGCUUGCUUGGCGACAUUGUCCUGAGGAUGUAGUAUUCAAAUCACAAGUUCGCCUAGCCCUUCUAAGAAGUUUUUUAGAAGUUCUGGUUAAGAAUACUUCUAAAUUCGAAAAUGCCAUUGGUUUUCUUAUAUCUGAAGUAAAUAAAUGCAUGUACAUAUCGUCUCUUGCGUAG